CAUGCUUCCUUCCCUUGCGUUAGAUCCAUCGCUCGCUGAUUUCCAUAAACCCAUCAAGAAUAUCGUUUCUCUUCUUCUCUCAAUUUGUGUUCGUCGAUUUGAAUGUUUUGUCGUUUGCUGUUUCCGAAAAUUUUUGUGGCUUAGCUCUGACUGUUGCCCGAUGAUGCACAAAUGAAAAUUUCAUCGAGCGGCUGUAUUUGGAUUCGCCGGCGUUGUCUCCUCAAUCAUCGGAUCUCCGCCGCCGCCGUCGUCGUACCAGCACACAUGCACCCGUCACCAUCUCUUCUCCGACCACACACGUGCGGCGGUUUCGGCGGCGGUGUUCGAUGUUUUUGGAGUGUCGGAGUAAACCCAUAUACGUUGAAGCCGUGAAUGAUCCGAUCUAAAGCUAUGAGAUCUGAGGGCUCCUAUACAUAUUUUUUGUUUGAAUUUUAAAAGAUCUGCGUCUGUUUCUCUGUGAUCUGUGGGUGAAAUUAUGAGCUUUAGGAGAGAGCGAUAAAGAUGGCAAUCUAUUUCUUGUCUUGGCCUCUGAAUCUGAGAUAGAUCUGAACCUCUCCAGUGCUUCAGUUUCAGAUGCAAAGAUGAAAAGUGGGUUUGCCUUCUCCGUCGGGAAGGAGAUUAGGUAAUUGCAGAUUGAUGUUGUUAACACUGGUCAUUCGCCAGAUGUUGAUAAUAUCCGUCAUUCAAUUUCAAUCAAUGGCAAGGUAAUGUUCUAUUUCCAUGAUCUUUUGAGCAAGUCUUAGUUGAGGUUGUUCCUGUGAUUAUGUAUAUACAACCUCUCUGGUGUUUUAUUACGGUUUCAUUGUGUUUAAUCUUGAUUGACUUCAUAUUCAAGUUGAGAUCUUUUUUAUGACGAUGCGUUGGGCUCUUAGCAGUUGGAUAUAUUUUGAUCUGCUGUUCUUGAUGCAAUUGCCUGAGUGUAGUAAAGCUUUGUCUGAACCUUUGAUCUCACUGCUCAUGAGCAAUGUUGAUAUGUAUGGUUUCCGGUUGGAAUUAGCUGUCUGAACUUUGCUUAUUUUGUCUGCCCUGCCCUUUCAAAUGCGCAUCGUUGUUUUUCUCCCUAGAUCCUGCCAUUGAUCUCCAUUUGUGGAAUUAGCCCUUGAAAUGUGUUUUUUUUUUCUAACGCUUGCUCUGUCAUGAAAACUAAGUUGAAAUGGGAUGGUUCCAACCGGUUUUCCCUUGUCUACUUGCGUUGAGCACUUGAGCUGCUCUCACUCACAAUCAUCACCGCUGCAGCUGUUGCCACUGCCAACCGCAACACACUUGUGCUGCAGUUAUGGUGAAAGCUAUGCUUGAGAACUGGUUUGAUGCGUUUCGGGUUAGGUUUAGAGUCCGAGUCACUCGGGUGUCCAUGGGCGCUUCAAAUACUUUGAUACUUGCGGUCAUCUGGUUGAUGAGGUCGAGUCGGUGCGAUGGUGAAGUCUUGUGUUUUCGCCGUCAAUCUAAAGGUCGGAUUUUUGCCAUCCGACGAAUGGAUCCAAACCCGAAGGUGGGAUUUUUGUGUUCCGACACAUUGAGCCAAACCCAAUUGAUCCAAACUCGGAAGGUCGGAUUUUUACCGUUGUUGGAUCUGUAUUCACCUUUGGUAAAUAUCCAAUUUUCGGGUGUAAGGAUAGGAAUAGGAUAUCCAAACUUGGUGGCUGGCUUCGUUGGACCAAGACGUUAUACUCCAUUAAAUUUUUCUACAAUCAAUUUGAACUUCUAUGCUCACUCUAAUAAAAUCUCUGUAACGUUAUGUUUUGUUUUUGGAAUAAGCAGUUUUAAUCAUUUCUAAGUAACCAAAUUAAAAGUAAACAGCGCCAUUAAAAUAUUUUGAAGAAAAUUUCAAUAAUAACCGGACAAGUUCGGUAACGACACCAUACCAUACAGCCAGCAGCAGGGGCAAUUUUGGAACAAUAUAAAUUAUUCCUCUUUUUUUGCCCUAUCCCGUCCCCGAUAACGACGCAGAAGACUCUAGGCCCUGACGACAUUUCCUUUUUUGCCCUCAACUUUCCCCUAAAUUACAAUCGGGUUCUAUUCUGCGGCCGGCGAUGCCUUCCCUCUCCGCCGUAGCUGUUGCGGCGAAAAUGGAGGCGUCGCCAAUCUACCGGCUUACCCAGGACACGAUCCACCAGAUCUUCUCGUCUCUGCCGCUCCGCGAGGUCAUGAUCUGCCGAUCUGUCUGUAAGUUCUUCAACCAGCUCUUGACCUCGCCUUGUUUCCUGGAGAUCAUCUCCACGCGACCACCGUUGAAUCUCCUCGCUCUCCGGCCACCGCAUCACCACCACAGCCACCGUCGUGAUGGCCACUCGGAGAAUCUCCGGCCGUUCAUCCACAUCUACGAUCCGGCGCAGAACCAGUGGUUCAGGUUCAGCCUCGAUUUCCUUCCUUUCCGAUCUCCUCUGCCCGUGGCAUCUUCCAGCGGGUUGAUUUACGUCUGGGGUGACUCGCUUGAUUCGGCCGAUUCCAGCAAGUCGCUCGUCGCAUGCAACCCGCUGACUCGCCGGUUCAAGGUGCUUCCACAGCUCGGCUCGGCGUGGUCGAGGCAUGGCUCUGUCCUGGUUGACCCGGUUAACCGAGUCAUGGUGCUCACCGAGCUCGCGGCGCUGUAUUACUCAGGUACGCUCGUGGCUAACCAGUGGAUGAAGUUUUCUUCGAAUUUGCCGUCGAAACCUAGGAGCCCUGUGUUGCUGUCGAACUCGGUUUUCGUCUUAUGCGAUGUUGGGUCACCAUGGAGAAGUCAGUGGAAGCUUUUCUCGUGUGAAUUGACAAACUUCGCCAUCACUCACACCAACUGGGUAUGCUUAGAGAAACAUGAAUGGGGUGACAUAUUCGGUAUCAUAAAACGACCUCGAUUGCUGCGUGGAAAUGGCGAUUCGAGAUUGCUGAUGAUCGGUGGGCUUAGGUCUACAUUCUCGUUGAACCCGUCUUGUUCAACGAUUCUGAUACUGAGGCUGGAGUUAGAGAGAUUGGAGUGGGAAGAAGCAGGAAGAAUGCCACUGGAUAUGUAUCGGUGUUUUCAAGAAUGUAGCGAGUUCAAAGUGUUUGGAGGUGGGGAUAGGGUAUACUUCUCUGCCAAAAGGAUGGGGAAGUUGGCAAUGUGGGAUUGUUCGGAAGGAUGGAGAUGGAUCGAUGGUGCCGUUGGAUACAGUGACGGGCUUUGUCGCGGGUUCUUUUUCGACGCCAAGCUCACAUCGGUUCCAUGAAAAAGCGUCUAAGAUCCGGGUUUCGCUUGCUUGUCCGAAAGUUGCGUGCUUGCUGCAUAGGAUCAUGGAAUUUGCCAAACUCCAUAACAGCCCAUUCACUUUGCUGCAUGAUGCUCUAACAUCGGACUAUCAUGUAGUAAUAUAUAAUUGUUUUCUUGGGCAUAGUCU